AUGACGCCUGUAAUAGCAAAGGACCCAGCACCAGCACCUACUAACACGACAGCCACCGCUCAAAACCCUUCAACUGUUCCGGCUGCGGUUGUUCCUGUUGUACCGGUUGCUCAACCGUCCCCGGUGCAGCCGCUUCCGGUGCAACCACUUCCAGCGCAACCACUUCCGGUACAGCCCCUUCCGUUGCAGCCUGUUCCGGUGCAAACGUAUCCGGUGCAGCCACUUCCGGUACAACCGCUUCCAGUGCAGCCACUUCAGUUGCAACCUGUUCCGUUGCAACCUGUUCCGUUGCAACCUGUUUCAGUGCAACCGCUACCAAUGCAACCUGUUGCUACUACUUGGCCGGUAUACCCCUAUCCCUGGUACCCGUUCCGAAGCCAGCCGGCCAACGAUUACUCCCAAGUCAUGAACAUAUACCCCCAGGGUGGUUUAGCGCAGCCUCAGUACUACUUGGUCCCGAUCUCUAAUCAAACGGCCAGUCAG